GCAUGGAGGAGAGCAAGCUCAUCUUCAGCCUGGACCGCCCUGAUGAGGGUCCCACCGUGGCCUUCUCGAAAGAAAAACCACAAGCCAGAGAAUCUCAACCUGACCUCAGUCUGGGGAUCGAUUUGGACUUGAGCCAAGGCCAUCGGUCACAUCCCCACUUCCUGCCUCACUCACCCUCCUCUCCCGGCUCUUUAGCUGAUCUGUCGGCAUCAUCAGCCGGCCUGCUUGUCACCUCCAACUUGGUCAAAUCCUCCUCCACGGAGCUGGAACCAAGGGAGAGCAGCUCGCUAAGAGGCAAACCACUCCUCAGCUUGGUAAAGUCAUUGAGCACAGAGAUCUCCCGUCGGGGUGAGCCUGAGGUCAACCUCUCCAAGUCUGACUCCAAGCUGCAUUUGCAUCCCUGGAAGCAGCUUACCCAGUCCAGGAUGUCCGAGGUGAGGCCCGAAGAAGGAACACUGAAUGAGAAUGACAACUGGGACUUACCUCGUUCCACGGGCAGCAUGUCGCCCACUGAAUCCCGGGGCAGUUUGCUUAUUGCUGAGCUGGAGGACACGCGGAGGAAGUUCUCUGAGGCCAUGCAGGAUCCACUGAGCAUGCUGAGUAAGAUUAUGGGGGAUGAAAGCUCUGGCAGUCCUAAGCAUGGGAGGGCCCCUGGUGCUGGAGACUCCCCAGCCUCCCAAGGAAGCUGUGGAGGAGAGGGGAGCACUGAAGAUGGAGAUUUUAAGUACCAGAGGAAGAACAAUGUUGACCACACUUCUCUAAGACAUCAAAAGGGUUCGUAUCGCAACCGCAACAGGGGCAACCAUUUUGAAAUCCACUCUUAUGGAGAUAUAAUUCAAGUGGUGGGACUCCAGAAUGAAUCCAGAGAGACACAUUGCAAUACUUACACCCAGUCUCAAGGCAGAGAAGGAGGCCCAUCGCUGCCUAUUCACUGGCUCCUCCCUGUGGGUCUUCUGGUGUAUGGGUUCUUUGUGCUGCCACUUCCUUCAUACCUGACGGGUCUGUCUAUCGGAGUUGCAUGUGGCUUUAUGUUGGGCCUGAUGGUGGUGUUCACGUUUGUCCCACGACGCUCAAAUACCAGAGGCAAAAAAAGCAAAUCCAGCACAUAUCCACAGGACGGGAACAUCAUACAUCCAGAAAUCCUAGAGGGCUGGAUGAAUGAGACAUACAGCUACGACCCUGAGACGUUCCACCCCUCGGUCACACACUCAGUCCAUGUCACACUGGAGGGCAGCCGGCUGUGCCUGGCAUACCCACGUGCCAACAUCCCUCGGUGGGCGACGUUCGACGAGACGCCCCGCAAGGCAUUGUUUUUGCGUUCGCGUGCUUAUCAGCUGGCAAACAGUAAGGUGUCUUUGUUGCCUCCUGCUUUGGCUUGUAAGAGGGUGUGGAACAAGAAGUAUCCCAUCUGCAUCACUCUGGCUGAGGGGGAGGUGGGAGAAGAGAUCCUGGUUGAAGGGCAAGAGGAUGAAGAAAGGGCAGAGAGACACGUCACACUGGACCACCAGCUUCCUGUCACCCUCUACCUCUUUGGUCGCUCUGGAAGAGACAAGGAGGAGUGGUUCCAGCAUUUCCUGUCUGCCUCUAGGCCUAGAGCCAAGAGCAGUGUGAGCGGCGAAGAGAACACCGUUGCAGGUCACUCUGAAGCACUCUCUGGUGGCACUGCAGUCAAAGACAAUAUAGAGGAGCUGCAGGAUUUGCCAGGAGCAAUGAAAACAAGAACAUUAUUGGACUACAGCACUUACAUGACUCAACUGAUUGGCUCAGAGAGUUGCAAUCCCACCCCCAGCCCCUGCCACAGUGACAAGGGAAGCCCCAUAUGCCACAAGAAGAUUCCCAGUGAAGAGCAAAGCUCUGAAGGUCAAUCUGGACCUGAGUCCAGUGCAGGAUCAGGGGAAGGACGACUUUCUACAGAGGACCAGUGGGUGAACGCCCUGGUAGGAAGGAUCUUCUGGGACUUUCUCAGAGAGAAGUACUGGACUGAUCAGGUGGUGCACAAGAUCCAGAAGAAACUUGGGAAGAUUAAGCUGCCAUACUUCAUGAAUGAACUGACUCUGGCUGAUCUGGACAUGGGCACCUGUUUACCUCAAGUCCUUAACACCUCUAAACCCAAACUGGACCAUAGAGGCCUGUGGCUGGAGAUGGAGUUGACGUACACAGGCUGCCUUCAGAUGACCCUGGAGACUAAGAUGAAUCUGUGUAAACUGGGUAAGGACGGAGAGGAUGAGGCUCACAUCGUCCCAGACACCCAGCCUGUGGGCUCGAAGCCCAGGCUGUGCAUACUGGCUGAUAGUGAUGAAGAGUCAUCAUCAGAUGAAGAGGAAGUGCCCUCAUUUGAACCCCAGGGAUCUGUUGGACAUAAGAGCACAACAGUGGCAGCUGAUGGGCACCCUGGAGGUAGCACAAGUACAAAGAUCCUGAGAUUUGUGGACAAGAUAGCAAAGUCCAAAUACUUCCAGAAGGCCACAGAGAACAAGUACAUUAGAAAGAAGAUCGCUGAGGUGUCCAACAUGCCUCUGAUGCUUAGCGUGGAGGUCAUGGAGCUCUCUGGUACUCUGGCCAUCAACAUCCCACCUCCUCCUACUGACAGGAUAUGGUACAGCUUCCAGGUGCCUCCUAGGUUGGAUCUUCAUGUGCGUCCCAUGUUCGGAGAGAGGGAGGUCACUUUCAGCCAUGUCACUGAGUGGAUCGAGAAAAAACUACAGUGUGAGUUCCAGAAAGUGGUUGUCAUGCCCAAUAUGGACGAUCUUUAUCUGCCCCUGAUGACAUCUGGCCUGGAAAGCUCACCUGCAUCCCACCACUCUUCAAUCCAAUCCACAUCCCAACAAUCCUCAAUGGAGUCCCAGGACUACAUGUCAGAGUAACCCCCCCACCCUUGAGGCUGCUAUGUGUUCCCAUCACAAAUUGCCACAGUGCAGUCGUGUUUAUUGUCACUAGUGUGAAGGUGCCUCCUGCCUCCCGAGGCCACAUGAUACUGACCUCAGGACUGCGACAAUGGUGCUACACUGCCCUCUAAUGUGAAGUAGACGGAACUGAUUCCACUGGAUUUCUAAAAGGGAACUUUCUUAAACGUUGAUGUUGCAAUAGAUUAAAGACAGAAGGAAAAUUGAUCUGAUUUCCAUACAAAGAGUUGUGUGAGGCUACUGUUGCUUUUGGAAAGAAGCACCAUCCAUCAAAUUUUCUAAUCCACUGAUCUUGUUUAAGGCUAUGAGAUUGUACGAUUGAAUAUUUUUGAGAAGAGUUUUGAUUCAUCUAAGCUGACAGGGUGCAUGCUGUUUCUGAACAGUUUUACUGAAAUAAACUUACUGAGUUAUCAGCAAAAAAUUAAAACCCAUUCAGCACUUUAAAUAUGUGAUAAUGAUGUGAUGAUGAGGAUGCCCACAGAAUAUGCAGCUGCUGCAUUAAACAAAUUUACAUGGAACAACCAAA